UCUUAGUUUCAUAGUUACUCUUAUGUAUUUCUUAUUUCUCUGAAUAUAUCAAAACCAGAAAGCAGCAAUAAUUACAUUUUUGUCCUUUUUUGUAUUCCUCUUAUCUCUUUUUGUGAACAAUAGCCUCUGAGUAUUAUAUUCGGGAGCACAACAGUCCCCUCGACUAGUCUGCGCUCGUAUAUAUUCUUUGUUGGUCCUGAUUGAACUAACAUAAUUAAAACAAACAUUUUAAAAUGUGUCGCAACGACAACCAGUCUAGUCUGAAAAUAUGAAGUGACAUCAUAUUUAUUUAUUAUAUUUAAAUAAACAAGGAAAGAGUGGACAACCAGUAAACUAAGUGCAAAAUGAUUUCAAAGUGUAUAUUUUUGUUAUUUCUAAACGUUCUUAUUGACGCACAAUUUACAUAUUACCGCCAGCCGUCACCAUGUCCAGUGCCUCGUAUACUUCACGGCAGAGUCCGAAUGAUGCGCAGAGGGAACCUCAUUCGGUAUUCUUGCCUCCCAAGGUACAUCCUAGUAGGCAACAAGUACGCCACGUGUAGAGGCGGGCAGUGGGAUGUCCCUUCACCUACUUGUGUUAAGCCAGGCUGUCCACCAAUCGGAAAUGUGCCAAAUGCGGUAACUAUGGCUUCUCACAACGAUUCGUGGUUGGUUUUCUUCUGCCUGCCUGGCCAUCAGCUUGUUGGAUCCUCUGUUGUGUACUGCGAUGGAAGACAAUGGAAUUCGACAGCUCCAGCAUGCGUUGAUGCAACAGCGAAACCUGCAACGGCAUGCGACUUCGAAGAUGAAAACCUUUGCGGCUGGAAGCUGGACGACCUUCAUGACUUCGACUGGAGACGAUGGAACAAGAAGACUCCUUCAGCCUUCUUACAAACGGGUCCUGCUACUGACCAUACUUACGGGAAGAAUGGAACUGGUUACUACAUGUACAUCGAGAGUACGGGUCGAGUUGAGAACGAGACAGCCCGCUUGAUAUCACCCGUAUAUGAUAAUGACAUGGCUAAAGAUGGCUGUUUCAUAUUCUUCUAUCAUAUGUUCGGGAGGAGUAUGGGUGGUCUCCGAGUAUACCAGAAGCCGGAAAAGGUGUCUCUCCCUGAGGUGCUGAGGGGACCAACGCGAGACCGCUACCUGCUGUUCGAGAAGUGGGGGGACCAGGGCAACGAGUGGUACAGCGGUGUCUCCAUGCUGUCAAACUUUACUGAUGAUUUUCAGAUUGUGAUCGAGGGCAUCAGAGGAGCCAGUUUUAUGAGUGACAUCGCAAUCGACGAUGUUUCCAUUCAACAUGGGGAAAACUGCACCAGAGCUAUGGUGGAAGCCAGCACACCACCUACAGUUUCAGAAUCGUGUGUCGGUCGCUGUGAUAUGUAUGGUUUCGAGCACGACAUGUCGCAUCGCGGGUGCGGCUGUGAGAUCUCAUGCGUGGUCGACGAAAACUGUUGCCCCGACUUCUUGGAUGUCUGCGCGUUUAAUAUUAGCAACAACGAUGAAGAUACAACCCCAAUCGCAAGCUCGGACUCACUACCUCAAACCCAAAAACUAGUCGCAACAACAACCGAAACGCCACCAACAACAACCAGCACUACAACAUCAACAACCACUUCUACAACCUCUACAACUUCAACUACAUCCACAACUACUAGAAAACCAACGACGAGAGCUAAACCAACAACUACUAGGCGUACAACUGUUCCUACAACCAAACGUCUUACAACCAUUACUACAACUACAACCACGGCUAGACCGACUAGGCCAGUGGUGAAGACUACAACUAAAUCUAGCAAACCAGUAGCAAAUGUUACUAAAGUGACAUACAGAACAACUCCGGUGUUGGUUUCGACAUCCUCCUUUACACGAACGACGGUACGUCAAGAUUUGGUGACGGAACAUGUGAAGAGUGCGCCGAAGAACAAAGGCAUAUCAAACGUGACAUCAAUAGUGACAGGCCUGUUGGUGUCAGUGAUGUGCGUGGGCGCACUUUGUCUCGCGUUCUACCUGAAGCGUACGACGCGCGGCAUCACGACGCUCGCGCGGCUGCGCGGGCGCACCAGCAGCGAUCCCGAGGUCCGCUAUCUCAAGACCGAUAUUGAUGAUAUUGAUUAAAUAAAUUAUUUUUAGAUUAU